UUGAAAAGGUUCGGACAAUGACAUAGUGCGUAGAGUCGUGUGGCGUAAGUUCGUGUGUGGUGGCGCUUCACAUCAUGAUGCAUUGCAGGUCGUCCCUACACUAACGUAUACUUAAUCUGCCUCCCCCUCACCCCAUCUUUCCUUUCCCCCAGGACGGUGUCGUCAGCGGGGGUCCUUGGCGCCCACCUGCUGUGCUCGCGGGUGCCCGGCCUCACGCCCCGCCAGAGCCGCAUCUGUACGCGGGCGCCUGACGCCAUGGUGGCCAUCAGUGAAGGUGCGAGGGCGGGCCUGCGAGAGUGCCAGCGGCAGUUCCAGCAUCAUCGGUGGAACUGUUCCCUGGCGUCUACCAGCAGCAGCGCGUUCGGCCACAUCGUUCUUGUGGGGAGCCGCGAGGCCGCCUACACGUACUCGGUGACCAGCGCGGGAGUCACCCACAGCGUCACGACCGCCUGCUCCCGUGGCAACAUCUCCACCUUUGGCUGUGACGACCGCAGGCGAGGGCGGUACAGUUCUUCCGGGUGGAAAUGGGGCUGCAGCGCCUACUUUAGGUUCGGGGUCAGGUUCGCGAGGAAGUUCCUGGACGCCCGCGAGGUGGAGGGGGACGGCCGCGCCCUCAUGAACCUGCACAACAACCGGGCGGGACGCAGGGUUAGUGUCCGGGGCGCCGCCUCCACAAGGCAGCGGCGGCUCCGUGCAUGCUCACCAGAAACUGUUCUUGCUUAG